AUGGAAAAUUUGAAACAUUUACUAGAAACACUUGGUCAAGGAGUUUGCCGCCAAAAACUUGCUCGCACUCUGGAGGACCUCUUGCGAUUGGUCGGUCGUGGGAAGGAGGCGGAGCUUACAGUGCAAAAUGUGGCCAAUAACAAUCCUCUUCAGCCUAUGGAUCUCCUGGAAAAGGUUCAUCUCUACUUCUCUGCUCUACCGGAGGACAAGGUGCCUUAUGUUAACUCGGUGGGUGAGAAGUACAGGAUCAAACAGCUCCUCCAUCAGCUUCCCCCGCAUGAUAAUGAGGUGCGGUACUGUAAUGGUCUCAGCGACGAAGAGAAGAAGGAGCUGCGGUUAUUCUCAGCGCAGCGGAAGAGGGAAUCGCUGGGGAGAGGAUCAGUCAAGCAGCUACCAGUCAACCUUCAUUCUACCAUGACCUGCGCUAACUGUGGGGAGGGCGUGAGUGGCGGAGACAUUGUGGUAGUGGCAGCGAGGGCAGGACCUAACGCCUGCUGGCACCCGGCCUGCUUCAACUGCCACGUCUGCCGGGAGCUCCUCGUCGAUCUCAUCUACUUCUGGAAGGACGCACACCUCUACUGCGGCAGGCAUCACGCAGAGUCCCUCAAACCCCGCUGUGCUGCUUGUGACGAGAUCAUCCUGGCUGACGAGUGUACCGAGGCAGAGGGUCGAGCGUGGCACAUGAAACACUUCGCCUGCUUCGAGUGUGACCGUCAGCUCGGCGGUCAAAGAUACAUUAUGAGGGAUGGUCGACCCUUCUGCCUCCACUGCUUCGACGCCAUGUUCGCCGAGUACUGCGAUACCUGCGGGGAACCCAUCGGUGUGGACCAAGGUCAAAUGACACACGAAGGACAACACUGGCACGCCACUGAGGAGUGUUUCUGCUGCCACACAUGUCACGCCUCCCUCCUGGGCCGGCCCUUCUUACCUCGGAGAGGGGCCAUCUUCUGUUCUAUUGCCUGUAGUAAGGGCGAGCCUCCCACACCCUCUGACAGUAAUGCCAACACACCCGUCGGUCCUCAGGCGCCCCUACAGCAACCCAGACAAACCAAUGGCCUGGAACGACGAUCUUCUUUGUCCUAUGAUGCCUCUGACUCUACGUUAACAUCGCCUCGCACCACCCGGCCUCCGACCAAGCAUGUAAGUCAAGACUCAACCUCUGAUCAGAGUGAUGCUACUUCACCAUUGCCUGGACGCAAAGGAAUUAAGUCACCACUGCCUGACAUACAGGUGGUGUCCAAGUCGCCCAAAAUGCGACGGCGGGCCUUGGCCACCUCCCCGCUGAUGGAGAACCCGGUGGAGAGCUCUGACGCAACCAGCCCCCGGUCACCCCACCUUAGCAGAAAGCCGUCCAAUGCUAUAGGUCCUCAGCCCCGAGUUACCAGAGAAAGUUCAUUUCAAAUUCGUGAUCUACAGAGACCACGGAACGCUCCUGCACUCUCUAGGGAACCAUCCAUGUCAGGCAUCCAUGGCAUGACUCAACCAAAUGCUCACAUAUCUGCACCUUAUAUCUCUAGUCCACGCUCACCCAUGUCCAUGGCAUCGGCAGAGAAUUCGGUACAGCAUCGACCUGGUGAAAUUGUUGCAUCUCCUAUAUCCCCACGUUCUCCGCGAUCUCCACGUCAACAGUCUGCACAGUCUUCGAGACAAGACCCACUCAGACACCCAAUGGAUUUGCCUCACAAUCUCUCAGAAGCUGGUUCCUCCCAUGGCCCAUCUGAGAUGGGAGGUUCACGUGCUGCCUCGGAAAUUGGUUCACCCAGGCCUGGCCAUCGCUCUGUGGCAGCUGUAAGCAGUGAAGAGAUUAGAGGACAAGGCCAGCCAAAUCCUUUAAUGCGUUCCCCUAAGAUGGGUCGCAAGGCCUUGCAACUUCAGCAGUCUCCAAAGAUGGGAAGACGAGCAUUGGAUUUCCGAGGAACAGAUGGAAGCACGGUAUCCUCAUCCUGUCAGACAAGUCCUCACUCACCCCCAGCCCAGCAAAAGCAACUUCUCACAUCCACACCAACUGGCGAGGAUGGGGACACUAUACCACCGGAGAAAGCAGUACAGCGUGGAGUUGAACUAGUGGGAGCUGGUUUAGAUCGUUUGGUGCUUGAGCGUUCUCUUGGUCGUAUUCUUGCUGAGCAGGGAAUCAAUUUAUUACGAGAGGUUGCUGCCACAAGUGCGCCAGGAACACUAGAAUCUCUGCUGCAGAACUCAGAUGUAUUAUCAAAUGCUGCUCGUCGACAACCAUUGGAUUUAUCUGCAAUGUCUGACCUAAAUUUGGAAGCACUUUUGGCUUCUGAAGAGGCCACAAGGGGACGAGCUUCUCCUGCACAUGCUUCCAUGCCAGACUUGAGCCAGCAUGGUGAAUCAUCUGCCUCCACAUCACCUACCAAUACCCCAACACCUGGAGCACCAAGAAAAAGCUCCCUCUCUUCUCGCCAAAAAGACAGACACAACCGCUCAGUGAGGUUUGACCCAGCACAAGUUGGAGAUGCUGCAAGUCGACAGGAUCCAUCUCGUGAUCCUCGUGACUCAUCCUCCUCAUCUUCAUCCUCAGGGUCAGCACCUACAGCCUUGGAAGUUGCACCAGUUGCAGGUGCAGCGCCCAGUCGCCAGCGUCAUCAUAGAUCCCAUGGGUCACGUGGGUUCCCUAGGUCUCGCUCUUACUCUGGGUCUGCCCCCUCACCUAACGGCCAGACCCCACGAAAAACACCAUCAGCCCCAGGACUAGAAGAUGCUGAUUGGGAUAAUGAGUCUGUUUGUUCCACUUGUUCCUCAUCAUCUUCCGAUGAAUUCGACUAUGAGCUGCCACCCAGAAGGGCUUACGGUGGUGUUCGUAUAAGUUAUGUGCCUAAUGAUGCCCUGGCAUAUGCUAGACGCCAGGCUGGGACAUCUCAAACAACCCCGGGAUCUCCAUCCACACGGAAGAGAUUUGUGGAAAAGGAUAAAAAUUGCAUUAUUUCGUGAUGGCGUCAAACACCAGUCCACUCCAGCUAUGCAGCAGCCAAGUGCGCUUAGUAGUGACAGAGUAGUGCUCUGCGGGGUCGGGCUUCAGGGUCCUGCCUUGGCCCCGCGCUUUAUUUUCCUGGCUGCAGAGCUGUCUACCUCGCGGCCCUGGUGGCCCUCUACUCGAGAGAGUGCCAACACAGGGCCUCGCCGCACCAGUAUUGUUGGGCAGUGCCACACCCUCUCAAAGAAGAUCAACUCACACACUCAUUAACAUUUUCAUAGCUCAUUUAUUGUAUAUUAAACGUAUAUUAAAAAAUCUCAUGAACUUAAUUUUCUGUUAAUGAGUGAUGGAGUAACUGUGUACAGACAAUAUUUGCGUAAUUAUACCAGAGUGAACUCCUGUGUGAAGUACUCCCCAUGCGUCACAAAGAAUUAAACUAAUGAACUUAUAACCUGAACUAUGCACUUGUGAUGUGGAUACCUGAUACUGAAAGUGUUGAUGAUAAAGGAACACGAGAAACCUGCGAGUGUGUGUGUGUGUGUGUGUGUUACAAAAGCCACAGCGCCUCCUCCCCCAGCCCUGCCCUCUCACCCCACUCCCUUCUUCCCCAGCCCUGUCCUGCCCUCUCACCCACCCCCUCCUUCCCCCAGCCCUGCACUCUCACCCCACUCCCUCCUCCCAACAGCACACUGACCCAUCGCGGCACUAGCAUUAAGUCCCCUCAAGAGUAACUAGAGCCUGAUUGAAGUGCCAAAUACGUCUUCCAUGGCUUACUACACCUGCUGACGUGGUCAAUAUGGAGGGUCUUGUGGCGUUUACCGAUGCUUCUGGAAAUAUAACCAAAUCAUGUCUUACAAGAUGCAAGCAAUCAUACCUGUCUCAAGUUUCUGUCCAGCCAAUUUCAACAGCAAUUAGCAGAUCAGUUUGACAAUGGUCCCGUGUUGACUUUUCAGUGUGUCUUAUCUUAAUGAGGUAAAUUGCUUCCUGUGUCUGAAUGGCUUGAUUUGUAUUUAAACUAUGUCUUUCUACAAUAUCCUGAGGCUAUAAAUAUAUAUAUACAGUAUAUAUAAAUAUUAUAUAUAUUUGCAGGUUGACACAAGCUGCAUCGUCGACUGAUAAGUUUUAGAUUACGUAUUGUAUUUUUUUAUUAUUGAUCUCCAUUAUCAUUUGUCAAAUACGUCACAUAUACCUAAUUAUGUGUAAAUAUACUGUACGUAUAUGUUGCCAUAUACUGUCAGUUGAAUCAAAUAACCACACAAUACUCCUAAAUAUACCGGGUGAAAUCCUUUAAAUCUUUCUACGGGUUUAUUCCAAAUGAUUAUAAUUAUUUUUCUUUUAUGGAAUAUCCUUGAACUCUACAACAAUAAAUAAAAUCCUGAUAGUUAAGUUCCUUGAAGAUUUGACUCCUAGUGAAAUCAUGGAUGCCUGAAGUAUUUUCUCGAAGGUGCUUUGCACUGUAGCAGUCUAGGGCGCUCUCAGUCGCCUGGACACCAAUGACUCUCCCUACACUGGCAGCUGCUGGCCAGUGCAUUAACUGCUGUGCCACGGACAAUAAGCUUUACCAAUUUUUUUUCUGUAACUGUGUGUGACUACUUUGCAGUAUUUAGAUACGUUAGUUUUAUUUUUCAUCUCCAUUGUGCUGUAACGCCUGAUGGUUAUACACGAACUUGACAGAAUGGGAGUUAUAGAUACUAAGAUUACGGUUCUGAUGUAUUUCAUGGAUUCAGACGAGAUGGAACUGGACUGAUGCUGUCUGACUGAUUGUGUGAGGACUGUACUUGAGGUACAGUUUUCUAUCAGGUAAAACAGAAAGAAACCCACCUAUAUGUGUAUAUACAGUACGCACAUGUCCUGCAUAUACUACAGGUAUGUGGUGCAGGUGUCUAUACAUGACACAUGUUUGGCUGUAGAAACUAUGGCAUCCUGCAGCUCUUGUUUUUCAGUAUUUUUAGUUUUGUAUAGUAAGUGUCAGAGAAACAGAACGACACUUUGUAAUGAGCGACCUUCAUCGCUCAAACACUGUACAUUUUUGUAUUUAUUUUGAUUGUUGUAUAUUGUAGUUUAUGCCUUUUUCGUUAUUGUAAGUUUGUAGAAUACAAAUGCGUUUAUAUUGCUCUUGCAGAAUGUUCAUAAUGACUGUAACAUACGAGAAUGGCUUUAUGGUUAAGGGUUUGUACAUACGAUAUAUGAAUAAAAAUUGUUUUCUGAUA